GUAGACACUAGUGCAAAUCACACUCUGGGAAGAUCACAUUGAGGAUUGCUGCCGGAUCCGGGUUGAUCUACCGGAUGUGAACAGUAUGUUAAACAGAGAUCCAGUAUCUUUCGUAUUAUAAAACAUGGCCGGUUACAGUUCUCAAAUAAACAAACUGCUCCUGAUUCUGAUUUUCGGGCUAUUUGUGUUUUUCAUUUGGAUGGAUGUUAAUUUGUACAUUCGCAUCCAAGACUUUCCGAUCCGAAGCACAGAGAUCCGUCUACUGAACGGUAGUGUCGCGUAUAUGUCAACCCAACCGCCAACAAAACCAUCAGCCACUUUCUCAUCCCCGUAUCCAAGAGCUGCUGGUCGGUACGAGGAUGUGGCCUGGGUGUCUUGUGAUCUAAAUCCACUAUGCGAAGUAACGGUAAAGGCAAUGAUACUGGACCAUCCUAAUCACUACCUGUUCGCUCCUAUGGUGACGAUUGCGGACGAUUUGAGUGGAAUUUCCAAGGGAGAUUUAAUAACGCCUAACAUGAUUUCGUUUUUUCAUGUUUUUGUGGCUAUUGCUGCAGCACGAAUGAUCAAUUCCAAUUCACUGAGAAAUCGAAGGAUAGGAGUUGUGCUGUUUGAGUUUCGAACCUUUCUGGAUGAUUUGGAUGGACAUGUGGCUCGUGAUAAAAAACAUACCCAUGGUGAACGGUCGGAUAUCGGAUCGGUUGGGUUUUACAUCGAUGGAACCUGCGAUGCACUCGGUGUGCUUGCUCUAAUGGCUGGAAUUUAUUUCUUCUUCGAAAACUAUCCUCCACGAGGAGUAUACAAACAAUUGCAGCCGAUCAUUCCGAUAACAAAACCGAAAUUCAUGGAAUCGAGUAUUGCCUUUAUCGGUGAUCUAGCGAGAAAAGAGGUCGUCCAAAAAAUACUCUGUUUCGGUGCAAUUUGGGCGCUGAGUGCUAUCGGAUGGUGCCGCCAUAUUGACAUCUAUCAGGAUUUACUUGAUCGAGAAAACGUAGCACCGGCACAAUUUCUACGACAAGUGUCAGUGUUCCGUUCGACGGGAUUCUUCAUCAUCUGUUGGCUAUGGCGGAUUUUCAACUUGCAUGCUCUUCUUCACUUUCUGCUGCUGAGUAUAUUUUGUGAUAAACUGUGGGAAUUUCUUCGUCUGAUUCAGUACACCGGUUUUGUGGCGAUAGCGAUAGUUAUCGGUGUUACCGAGAUUCAUCUUCAUCGGAUAAAAAAUCUCAUCUUUAAUUCGUCGACUGAUUAAAUUAAUAUAGUAAAUCUAUCGUUUAAUGGAAGUAAUUUUGGUCGACUGAAGACUACCACGGGAGUUAGUUAAAAUUUAUAGGAACUAUUGUUAUUGUACCAAUAGCCAUCUCAUUAGUAGUAGGAAUUGUGAUAACAUUGG